GUUCAUUACUUGCGUCUUUAUUCCAUGGGAAUAUUUAUGGUCGAUGGUGGAACACAAUCGUUCGUAUGUGAACAAAUGGAUUUGUAACGUGAUCUUAGUACUAGCCAGAUGUCUUUGCGUGUGUCGCCUGCAUCCAGCCUUUUGGCCACAAGUAGUUGAUACAUCAAACAACCUCAUCUCUUCUCAUAGCUAGAAGGGGUCGAAUAUGGAAAACACAGAUAGGACCGCCGCCGAGGAGCCGGAAGAGGCCGAAGAAUUCACUCCCUUCCGGCCGUUCACCCGGAACUCGCUGUUUAACAUCGAGCGGCGAAUAGCGGAGGAGGCCGCUGCCAAGGCAGCGGAAGAGGCCGCCGCUGAGUCGGACGAUGAAGAUGAGCCGACGCCGGAAGAAAUCAAACCGAAUCCCAAGCUCAUGAUCGGCAGGAAGCUUCCACUGACCCUAGAGGACUACUUUUUACCGGAGCACGUGGGGAAACCCCUCGAGGAUAUCGACGAGUUCUACCAGAAUAAAAAAACAUUCGUGGUGAUUGGCAAGGACAAGAUGAUCUUUCGAUUCAGCGCCACCAACGGCUUCUUCCUGCUUUCCCCCUUCAACCCCGUGAGACGAGCCGCGAUGUACAUUCUCACCCACCCAAUUUUUAGCCUAAUGGUUAUACUGACUAUUAUUGUCAAUUGUAUCUUUAUGACGUUUACCGAGACCCCUGGUGGAGACAUAACGGAGUACGUUUUCACGGGUAUUUACACUGUUGAAUCACUCGUCAAAAUGACCGCUAGAGGAUUCGUCCUACAGCCAUUCACAUAUCUCAGAGAUCCGUGGAAUUGGCUAGACUUCGGCGUCAUAGCCAUUGCGUACAUGACAACGUUUAUUCCUCAACUCGGCAACCUAUCAGCAUUGAGAACCUUCAGAGUGUUACGAGCCUUAAAAACCGUUGCCGUUGUCCCAGGACUUAAAACCAUCGUGGGUGCCUUACUCGAAGCUGUAAUAAGACUGCGCGACGUCGGCAUUCUGACGUCAUUUAUGCUUUCAAUCUUUGCGCUCAUCGGCAUGCAACUUUACCAGGGCAUAUUACGUAACAAGUGCUUGCGUAAUAUAACCGAAGCUCUUGGACCAAACGUCACAGACAUGGAAUGGGGUAAUUUCACAAGCGACACGAAUAACUACGCCCCAGGAGACAUAAUGUGUGGAAAUGCCAGUUCCGCUGGGAAAUGUCCGGAUGGAUUUACAUGUAUCGAAAGAAUCGGGAUAAAUCCGAACUUUGGGUACACAAGUUUUGACAAUUUUGGCUGGGCGAUGCUGUGCGCUUUUCGCCUCAUGACGCAGGAUUACUGGGAAAACCUGUAUAUGCUUAUCAUUCGGGCGGCAGGCCUAUACCAGGCGCUGUAUUUCAUGCUGGUGAUCUUGCUGGGUUCUUUCUACCUUGUUAACCUGAUAUUAGCCAUUGUUGCAAUGUCGUACAGCGACCAACAAAAAGCUGAUAAAAGCGACGCUGAAGAUGAAAAGCUUGAAAAGGAGUUUGCAGAAGAGAAUCUUAGGGCAGCCCCGGGACUCGCCGAACUAGCCCAGACAUUUCGAUUUCAUGCACCUGUUUUUCCAAACAAAAUCGAGCAUAUGAUGGAAGAGAUAGAGGAUGCUAUGCACGAGCUGACUAAAAGUCCCAGCAUGCAAUCCAACACCAGCGGUCCGCCUUUCAGUCCAGACAGCAAAACGGAGGAUGGUGUCGACAGAAUAUCGGUCCAGUCGGAGAAAAAUGGCGCCGAUCCCCACCAUCUCAGCGUUGCAAGCCCUACGGCAAGCUUUAGUCUACCGGGCUCUCCGUACGUACGACGCCGCCGGAAACCAAGUAAAAUCAGUUUAAAAAUAGCCAAACAGCUGCGCAAUCAAGCAGAAAAGCAACCUUUGGUACAUUUAGAAUCACUUAACCUACCAUAUGCAGAUGACUCUAACGCAGUAACGCCGUGUUCAGAUGAUAUUCAUCUGUGCGCUUUGCCCUCGAAAUUUUCCAUUCUUGCACGACAUGCGUCCCUGCGGAGAGCCUUAGAAGAAUCCUCCCGCCGAAACAGCAACACUUCCCAAACUAGUAGAUCAUCGCACCCCCGCCUGUCUCCCCACUCCCCUACUGAUAAAAUGUCCAUGCUUAUGGAGGCAUUUGAGAAACGCAGCAAGGCUAACAAUCAACUGAUGCCUGAUGCUUGCAUGGAUAAACUGGAUGAAACUGGAUAUGAUAUCAAUAAACGAUCAAAGGGGUCUUUAUGCCGAACCCCCCGCGCAUCGAAUGUUGACCCAAAAGACGUAAUGGUUUUACGUGAACUCAUUGACCACGUGGAAACGGCGUCUAGGGGCAACCGAGCUCUGAGCGCAAGCGUCUUCAGCGUUGAGAAAGAGCCGUUCAAGGACAAGUUGCACCGCUUGCUCUGCAGCUGGGAUACUCCUGCGUGGUUCAAGCAGAUCCAGAGCUGGGUUGGAUUCAUAAUCCUCGAUGCGUUCGUAGACUUGUUCAUCACUCUAUGCAUCCUCGCCAAUACCGGGUUUAUGGCCGCCGACAUGCACGGCCUGACCCCAGAGGCGAUACACACACUCGAAACAGGAAACCGGGUUUUCAGCUACAUAUUCGCGACAGAGGCGUUCUUUAAGAUCAUCGCGCUUGGGCUGAUACAAUACAUGAAGGACGGAUGGAACAUAUUCGAUUUCUUCAUCGUCUCUCUGAGCUUCGCGGAGAUGCUUCUGGAAGGCGUGAAGGGACUGUCGGUGUUGAGGACUUUUAGAUUGCUGCGUGUAUUCAAGCUGGCAAAGUCUUGGCAAACGCUAAACAUGCUGAUAGGGAUUGUUGCAAGGACGAUCGGCGCGUUGGGUAACCUGACAUUUGUGCUUGGCAUCGUCAUUUUUAUAUUCGCCGUUAUGGGCCAGCAGUUGUUCUCCGGGAACUACACGGAACACUACAAAGACAACCUUCCUAGGUGGAACUUCAAGGACUUUCUGCACUCGUUUAUGAUUGUGUUCCGAGUGCUGUGCGGCGAGUGGAUAGAGUCCAUGUGGAACUGUAUACAGGCGGCCAGUUAUGUGUGCAUCCCGUUCUUCCUGCUGACCUACAUUAUUGGCAACUUGGUGGUCCUGAACCUGUUUCUUGCCUUGCUGAUCUCUUCGUUUGGCACGGAAAACCUCGCAGGGGACGCCGGGGAGGAUGAGGCGGAACCAACGAAUAAGCUGGCAGAGGCCUUUAAUAGAUUCUCUAGGUUCGGAAACUGGGUGAAGGUGCACAUGAUUGUGCUUGUCAAGCGUACUCGUGAACGCAAGCGGCCCCUUCCGAUUUCAAUGGAUACCAAUGGAAAGAACGGUGCGUUACUUGACGGAAGCGUCAUCGUUAACGGCAACGUUUGUGAACUGACGCUUGAGGAGAACGGUCACGUUACCCCGACUACUAAACAACCAGAGAGAACUGGGGAUAUCGUAGAUGGAAUGCUAACUGAACCAUCUACGAGGACGCAGAGUCGGGCCUCUGUCCGGUCCACAAUGUCUGACACGGAAUCGACAAUAUCCGAAGAUUCGGAAACCAAGAGUUUGAAGAAGGUGGACGCCACUGGGGAACCGGAAACGAAUCCAGCUGACGUCAUCGAAACUGAGGAGCCCGAUCCGUGUCUCUGCAACAUCUGCAGAACUAAAAUCCCGUGCUGCAUGCCUCUCGAACAUUCACGGUUUGGUCAGGUGUGGUUUGCAGGAAGAAAGAAGGCCUUUGCUCUUGUGCAGCACAAAUACUUUGAAACGUUCAUCAUUGUCAUGAUUUUAGCAAGCAGUCUGGCAUUGGCCUGUGAAGACAUAUAUUUAGAUGAUCGGCCAAUGCUGAAACGUGUCCUCAGCUAUAUGGACGAAGUUUUCACCGUGGUGUUCUUCCUCGAGAUGAUACUUAAGUGGUAUGCGUUUGGCUUUAAGUAUUACUUCACGGAUGCCUGGUGCUGGCUGGACUUCAUUAUCGUCAGCGUAUCCCUGAUUAUGUUGGCGGCCAAUAUAUUCGACAUUGGCGACGCAGCGUCUUUGAAGGCCAUGCGGACUUUGCGAGCUCUGCGACCGCUGAGGGCUGUCUCCAGAUGGGAGGGGAUGAAGGUUGUAGUCAACUCACUUGUGAAAGCCAUACCGUCGAUUUUCAACGUGAUGCUGGUGUGUCUAGUCUUCUGGCUGAUCUUCGGCAUUGUCGGCGUUCAGUUUUUCGCCGGCAAGUUCUUCAAAUGCGUCGACGAAAACAAUACUCGAAUUGCCGCCUCGGUAGUGAAGAAUAAAUCGGACUGUCUCAACCAUCCGAACAACUACACAUGGGAGAAUUCGGCGAUCAACUUUGAUAAUGUGUUGAACGCAUACCUUGCGUUACUUCAAGUGGCUACUUAUAAAGGUUGGACUGAUAUUAUACAGAAUGCAGUUGAUAGCCCAACAAAGGUGGACAUUCAGCCUGACAAUGAGAUCAAUUCUAUGAUGUACCUGUUCUUUGUCCUGUUCAUUAUUCUUGGUUCAUUCUUCACUCUCAAUCUCUUCAUCGGUGUUAUAAUUGACAACUUUAACAGGCAAAAGAAAAAGGCAGGUGGCUCGUUGGAAAUGCUUAUGACUGAAGACCAGAAAAAGUAUUACAAAGCUAUGAAGAGAAUGGCAGCUAAAAGCCCUAUUAAGGCAGUACCUCGGCCAGAUUGGUUCCCGGGCAAUGUUUUGUUUGACCUAACCACGACACAGAAAUUCGAUAUCUUCAUCAUGGUCAUCAUACUGCUGAACAUGCUGACCAUGACUAUGGAGCACCACGAGCAGAGCAAGGAGUUCACCGCUGCGCUGUUCUGGGUCAAUUUGGUCUUUAUCAUCAUCUUCACCGCCGAGUGUGUUAUAAAGCUGAUUGGACUGCGGCAAUUCUAUUUCAAGAUCCCGUGGAACGUGUUCGACUUUGUGGUCGUCAUUUCAUCCAUUUUAGCUCUGGCACUGGAUGACUACCUUGAAGACUUACCAAUCUCCCCUACUCUUCUUCGCGUUGUUCGAGUCUUCAGGGUUGGCCGAGUGUUACGUCUGGUUAAAUCCGCAAAGGGGAUUCGAACAUUACUUUUUUCACUGGCCGUUUCGCUUCCUGCUCUUUUUAACAUAGGUCUGUUGUUGUUUCUCGUCAUUUUCAUCUACGCUAUUUUUGGAAUGAAUUUCUUCAAAGACGUCAAAUUGAUAGGCGGUCUGGAUGACGUGUUCAAUUUUCAAACGCUAAUGCAAAGUAUGAUUACCCUAUUCCAAAUGUGUACAUCGGCCGGUUGGGACGGUGUAUUAAAAGGUAUAAUGAAUGAGGAUGACUGUGAGAAACUCCCAAAAAACAAUUGUGGAAGUUACGGCUUGGCAGUUUUAUAUCUUGUAACGUACUUAGUUAUAAGUUUUCUUGUUGUUGUGAACAUGUACAUUGCCGUCAUUUUAGAAAACUUUAGCCAGGCAACAGAGGACGUUCAACAGGGUUUGACGCCAGAUGAUUUUGAUAUGUUUUAUGAGGUUUGGGAAAAGUUCGAUCCGGAUGCUACGCAGUAUAUAUCUCUUGACCAAUUGUCUGAUUUUGUGGACUUUUUAGACGAACCACUAAAGCUUCCAAAACCAAACUACUUUUUACUAGUAAAAUUAGAUAUUCCAAUUUAUGAAGGAGACAGGCUAUAUUGUAGAGACAUCCUUGAUGCAUUGACAAAGAAUUUCUUAGGGACUGCAGAUACUGGCGAUAUUCCAGAAGAUGCUAAGAAGGAUUUGAAAAAGAAGAUUGAGUACGAAGUUGUAAGCAGCACUCUUCAAAGACAAAAGGAGCAUUAUGCUGCGAAGAUUAUACAAAAAGCAUACAGGAAUUACCGCAAUGCGCACGGUGGCUUUAACGGUGACAGCGGAGAUAUAAAACUGGAUCCUCCUGCUUAUAACGAGAUUAUUGUCGAAAUACCUAUGGACGAAGAAAAUGCUUCAGAUACAAAGAAUGCAAGUGAACACAAGAAGGUAGAGUCUAUUGAAAUGCAAAAUGUAGACAGCAAUAUCGGCAGUCGCGGCAAUGAAGAAGAUAGUAGACCAUGUCACACAAUAGUGGAGGUCGAUCUAAAGCCAGACAGCGAUGUAGUAGCGUGAUCAAUCAAAGAAAGGUGUAGACGCAGACAACGUGUGUGAUAUUAACAUGGUAUUAGAGUAAGUGGUGCGAUAGAGUAUAAAUUUAGAUUUCAUUCUUAACGAUAAUGAAUACCGUUCGCUUUGCGAAUAUAAAGGCGGGCAUUUUCAAAUCGUUGUUAUCAAACACCGAUAAGUGCAUCCAGACUUGGCCGAUCCCAUUAAAGAACUCUCAAUAACAUAAUGAAGGGAUUUAUUCAAUUCCGGAUAAAAUAUACGACGUACAGUUUACGAUUUUUUUACGAAUUAAGCAAUAAUAGAAUGCAAGAAAUAGUGGUGAUUGUGCUUGAUUGAAUAUUGACGUUUUGUCGAGUUGUAUUUCUUGUAAGUAAAGCAAAGCUUCAGUGAUAUUAUUUGAGGAAUAGGAUAUACAUUUGAUCACUUUAGAAUAUGCCAUUUGGACAAAUCUAAAGGUUUUAAUUGAUAAAAUAUUGUAGUGUCUGCAUAUUAUUUUCUAUGCACUUUGAAAGAAACUUCUCUGCGCAUGCUCUAGCGGAAAUAAUGUUUAAUGUAUUGAUCACACUAAAUAAUUUAAAUUUGUAUCUGUCUUUUGCAUUUUUAAGAUGUUUAUAAUGUUUUGUCUCAUCAUUUCUGAUCAUGUUUAUGCCAUGAUUGUCCACAAUGAUAUUACCUGUAAGAAAUGUAUUUCAAGAAAGUAUUUAUGAACAUCUCUUUUAAUUAUAAACAUAUUUAGACAGGUGUUAUAUAUAUUUAAGAAAAAAAUAUUAUUUAUAAAAUGACACGAAAAUAUAAAUAGAUCUAGUUUUAUUUAAACAUCUAUGAAGGCGAUUGUCAUCGGUUUUACUGUAGGAUGAAAAAUAUAGGCUUAACACUAUUUAUUAUCUAAUUUCUUUGGAAUAAUAUCAAUAUUUCUCGCGCCAUUUUAUCUGUCAUAACGUUCAUUACAAAUAUACAUAUAACUCAUGUUUGACUUGUUGAGGAAAGAUUUUUUUCUUUUUUUUUGUUUUGUGCUGUUUGUGCAAAAAACUUUGUGUGUACAUGAUAUUGAAUGGUUCUGUAUUAUUAAGUUGUAUGUAGUUUAAAGUUUGCAGUUUUAAUUCAGUAAUUCAGUGUUAUGAUUUAUCUGUAAAAUGACAGACUGAUUAUUUCGUAUUUUAAAGAUUAACUUCGUGUUACUGUAGGGAAUGCAUAUUUUAUAGAACAUAAUAAGACACACAUAUAUGUAUAUUCAAAGAAAUUAAAUAUAUGUAUAUGCAUUACAACAUGAAACUAAUACUGAAGAUUAAGUAAGAGUUUUAAAUUCGUUCUUAUAAUAUCAUUAAUCACAUCCAUGUCGUCAUAAUAAACUAUUUUUCAUGGUUAAAUUAUUCUUCUGUAGUAUUAUGUAUUAGUUUAUUUAGAUAUUUUUACUUUUCAAUUGUUGUCAGAGACAAUGGUUCACAGUAAGAAAUAAAUAAAAUGCCAGAUUUGAGAACAUUAUUUGUGUAACAGUAGUGGUAAGCCAUAACCGACAGGGGAGGUAACCGAUAUUACGAGUGUGGAACAUGCUGCUAUAUUUUUUCUGUAUAAUUGACCUUUCGACAGCCGAUUGAUUGACAGGCUUAUUAACCAAUCAGAUUACAGCAUUGAUUAGGCCCGUUACUAUCCGCCAUUUUGUCCGUCAAACUCGCCGUUGUCCGACACAUAAGCUUAUACGUAAUUCUGUGUUUUAAACAAAGAAAAUGGUUAAAAGGUGCUGUUAUGGCACUUGUUAUUCAGACACAAGGUAUCCAGAACGGUUAAAAGAUGGAAGUACGUUUUUUCCGUUCCCUCAACCGGGUACUAAUCUUGAAAAAUUCAAACGUUGGAUUCGUCUUUGUGGUCGUCCACACGAACAGCUUAAUCUCAACAUAUUAAGCGAUCGCCCGAAAGCAAAACACAGUCGUAAUAAUAAGAUACUACGCGAAAAUAGAAAAUGUAAGUUUUGCAACGGACACGUUAUAAAAAAGAGUAUAACUUUGUACUUGUUUAUCCUCUAUAUAGACAAAUUAGAAAGGAACAUUUAAAACCAUUUUUCAAAGGUGGCCAACGUUAAAUAAAUUUGACUUUCUAAUGCAGUCGGCUAAUAAAUAAGACAUUAUAAACUUUGCUAGAUUUUUUUAAUGCUAAUGAAAUGCGUAAUAAUAAAGACAAUCAGUUAUUAUUUUUAAUAAUAUCACAUAGAAUAAAACAUUUUUUAUUUCUUUCGGUUUAAGUCUUCCAAAUUUAAUGUAAGUUAAGAAACUAUUUUAAAAUGCGCAAGUAA